AUGAUUCAAAUACUCUGGAGAACACAAAAUGUGGAUUUCAAUCAUAUGGUUAUAUCAUGGUCACAAUUCUGUAAAGAACCGUUGCCACAGAGAAGUUUCACAUUUUGGGAAUGGUUUUAUUCAGUUAUGAAAUUAAUUAGAGAACAUCUCAAAGGUCUUUGGAUGGAUGGAGCGAUUAUGGGUUUCAUAAGAAAGUCUGAUGCUGAAAAUAUGCUAACAAGAUAUGCAACUGGUACAUUUUUACUAAGAUUUUCAGACUCAGAAUUAGGUGGCCUAACUGUUGCCUGGACUGCAUCCAAUGACUAUGAAGUUUUUAGCUUGCACCCUUUCUCAGCUAAAGAUCUAUCAAUUCGAAAUGUGGCAGAUAGACUAUUAGACUUAACGUACCUCACCAAGUUGUAUCCGAAUAUUGAUAAAGACCUAGCAUUUGGAAAAUAUUACACACAAUCACCAAAUAUUAGCACGCCUGUUACAAAUAAUGGAUAUGUAAAACCAUUACUAGUAACACAUGUUCCUGGAUGGAGUGGAUCUGGUGCCAAUGGACAAGGAAUGAAUAGCUAUCCUAACACACCAUUGGACCACAUGUUUUAUGAAAACAGCCUGGGGAAUUACAGCACUAAAGAAACAUCAGAGUAUAGUGAACCUGAGAAUAAUAUGGCUGCAUUUGGGAAUUAUCCCUUAGAAAUGGAGUUUUCUUCAAGCUUAGAUGACAUGUCACAAGCGGAUGGAUCGUUUUUUUAAAGUUAUUUAAAUUGGUAAUAUACUAUCUUAUAGUGUAGGUUUUUGUGACUUAAGUUAUUCCAUAUAAUAAUAAUUUAGGUACAUGCUAAUAUCAAACUUUUAUCAUCUUUUCUUCUUAUUAUUUUUUCCAUAUAAUAUUUUAAAUGUUGACAUACAUACUUAAUAAUUAUGUAAAUUUUAUUUAAUUUCACUACUCCUGUAGUAGGUAUUCCAGUACACAUAUAGUUGUAUUAUUAUUUAUUGCCAUGAGCUUAUUAUUCA